CAGAACCUGUGUCGUUCGGUUAGUUUACACCCCUCUCACGCCUCGCCUCUGGCUCUCCCAUUCGCUCACGCCUCUCGCCCCCUCUCCUUCCCGUUCGCGAAACAGCCCGAGAGCCCCUUGGGCAGAGGUCACCCCCGAAAAGCUUCUGAACGCUGUCGCUCCCUUGUCGCUUCCCCCCGUCGCCGACCCGUCGCCGACCCGUCGCCAACCUUGCCGCUGCCGUCGCCGACCUAGCUCCCUGCACUACCGAGCUUUCCCGUGAUCUUCACCUUCGGCUCACCGCCCAGGAAAAUUAUGAUGGGGCUUUGCAAAAUGAUAUAGAGUCUCUGCACGAGAAACCAAUCUUAGGCGGUGCAUCUUUGUUGGAUCUGAAGCUAAAAAUUGAAGAACUUGCUGAUGGAUUUUGGAAAUAAGGUGGCCAGCUCUACAGUUAUCUCAUCAAAUAAACCAAAUUGGAAGCUAAAGUCAGUAGUUACACUUGCCCUGACGUUGUUGACAAGUUCCCAGUCAAUAUUGAUUGUGUGGUCCAAGAGGGCUGGAAAGUAUGAAUACAGUGUGACAACAGCAAACUUUUCGGUGGAAGCUUUGAAGUGUGCAUUUUCACUUGCAGCCCUUUUUAGGAUCUGGAAUACUGAAGGUGUCACAGAAAAUAAUAGGUUAAGUGCAUCAUUUGAUGAAGUUAGCGUCUACCCGAUUCCUGCAGCACUCUACCUCAUCAAGAACUUGCUGCAGUACUACAUCUUUGCAUAUGUGGAUGCCCCUGCUUACCAGAUACUGAAGAACCUAAAUAUUAUUACCACUGGUGUUUUGUAUCGCCUUAUACUAAAAAGGAAGCUAAGCGAAAUCCAGUGGGCAGCUUUUAUUCUUUUGUGCGCAGGGUGUACUACAGCUCAACUCAACCCUUCUUCCGAUCGAGUUCUUCAUACACCUUUACCGGGUUGGAUGAUGGCUAUUGUCAUGGCACUUCUAAGUGGAUUCGCUGGUGUUUACACAGAGGCCAUCAUUAAGAAACGCCCUUCAAGAAAUAUAAAUGUACAGAACUUUUGGCUCUACAUCUUUGGAAUGUUAUUCAAUAUGAUUGCAAUUUUCAUUCAAGAUUUUGAUGCAGUUGUCAACAACGGCUUCUUCCAUGGAUAUUCUUUCAUUACUGUCUGUAUGAUUCUCAACCAUGCACUAAGUGGGAUUGCAGUGUCUAUGGUAAUGAAAUUCGCUGAUAAUAUUGUGAAGGUGUAUGCAACUUCUGUGGCAAUGCUUCUGACAGGAAUUGUUUCGGUGUUUCUUUUUGGAUUCAAUCUUUCUCUCGCCUUCUUUCUCGGCACAACGGUUGUAUCUGUUUCAGUAUAUCUUCAUUCUGCUGGAAAGUCAUAGAGGCACCUUGCUCAAUGAUGGUGCCUCCUCCCUUAGAUACAACCACAUUGUCUAUUAUUGAAGUAAAGUCAAAGUUGCUACUUUAUGGAGUCUUUUUGGCAUGGUUAAAAUCGACAAGGCCAAGGUGGUAUGGGUGGAGCGGACACCAGAACUUCUAGUAUAGUCAAAGUUGCUACUUUUUUUUCUCAUUAUCCUCUCCCUCUUAA